AUGGGCUCUCUACACCAAAUCUUCCUCUUCACCAGCCUAUUCUUCACCGUUUUCUCUCUUCAUUUGAUCCCGGAAAGACUCGAGAAAGAGGAACAAUUGCACUUGGUGAAACGAGAUGGGGCAGCUGGUGAGGCGCCGGUGUGCGAGUGGAGUAACGGAGGCUCGUCGGUUCAUUGGAGUGCCACGAAGAAAGGUCUUCGAUUCAGUGUCUCGAUGGAGAGCAAAAAGGGCAAAUUAUGGUCAGCGAUCGGAGUCGGAGAGUCAAUGGCGAAUCUAAAACUUGCCAUCGCAUUCACUGAGAAUGGAAAAGUGAAACAAGUGGGCGGAUACAAAUCAACCGGCUAUCAACCCCCAGCAAAGGAAAAAACCCUCAAAGUGACGUUUGAUAAGAAGUCAGUGAAAGAGGUCAACGGACAGAUGAGCUUCGAUUUGGUAGUUCCGGCGGAAAUGUUCGCGGAAGCGGACGCAAACGGUUGUGUGACCCUUCAAUUCGGCAUCAACGCCGGUCAGUACCAAGGGCAGUACAACAUCCGGAAACACGAUCAAACACCGACACCACUUCAGGUGUGCAACAUCAACAAGUGUGGAGCUGAUCAGCCGAAGGAGGAACCCGCAGAGGCGGUCGAGGGUUCCGGUGACGCGCCUGAAAAGGAGGAGGAUGAUGGAAAGGUUACUCAAGCUCGCUUUCAGCAAAAUGUAAGCACUGGUGUUGGUGGUGGGAAUGGUGUGAGAGAGGCACCACAGAACGGUGAUGGAGUGGCGAUCGACCAAAAUAGCACAUCGAGUAUCGAUGAUGUGUUGGAGAUGAUCAGUGGAAAUGGGGCACAAGAGAAUGGGCAACCAGCUCAGCCGAGUGGUUUAGUUGAUGGUCAGCCUGGAAAUGGACUAGGUGCUGAUGGUCAGCCUGGUACUGGAAUGGGUCCUGGUAACGAUACUCAACCAGGGAAUCAGCCAAAUCUUGGUGGUGACUCUGGAAGUAAUCCAGCUGCUCCUGAUCAACCAGUUGAUGCUCAGCCGAGUCCCACUAACGAUACUCAACCAGUCGAUACUCAGCCAGGAAAUCAGCCAGGGAAUGGGCUAGGCUCUGAUGGUCAACCAGCUGGUACUGGAAGUGAUCCAGCUGCUCCUGGUCAAGCAGUUGAUGCUCAGCCGAGUCCUACUAACGAUACUCAACCAGCAGAUACUCAGCCUGGAAGUAAUCCAGCUACUCCUGGUGAAUCUGGAACUGAAAUGAAUCUUGCUAACGAUACUCAGCCUGGCUCAAGUCUCCUUAGUCAACCAGUCAAUACUCAGCCAGAAAAUGGCCCAGGACUUGCUGGCCAACCAACUGGCACUCCUGGUCCUGGUAACGAGAUGCAGUCAGCCAAGCCUGAAAAUAGCUCAGUUCCCAUUGGUCAACCAGUCGAUGCUCAGCCAGCCACUACUCAGCCUAACUCUCGCUCGCCAUUAAUAGCUCAACAUGGAGCUGAUCCACAGCUAGGAACUACUGUAAGGCCAAAUGCUCAGCCAGUGAGUCCAGUCGAUGUACAGUCGAGUGGAGCUGUCCGAAUCCCGCCUGGAUCAGAUCCAUUUGGUCCAGUCGAUACUCAACCAAUGCCAAACAGUGAACAGCAACCAGGAGUCGAUCCUCAGGCUAUACUCAACCAUAGCCAAACUCCAAAGCCUGGCCAACUCUUAGAACCAACUACAACACCGACUUCAAGCUUCAAGGCAGAGCCUAACCCGGAUACGGUAGCGGCUAAGAACGGUGAUGGGAAUGAGCAACAAACGCUUGACGAGAGCCCACUAACAGGGAAUAAAAACGAGACAGUGAUUGAGAAGACUACAAAACCCGCCGAAGAAUCGAAAAAAGAUGAGACUGGAUCAAAAGCAACUCUUGGCUCCGAGGACGAGGCAAAGACGUCGGGCAGCGGUUCAUCAACAUUGAUAACCGUUCACCCAUGUCGACCCGGGCACACCGAUCUACGCGUUUGUCAGGGAUACUUCUCGGAUUACCUUGGAAAGGUUGAACAAUGGGCAAACAGACACGGUGAGACGAUGGGUGCUCAACUUUGGAAGGCUUGUUCUCUUCUCUCCGUCGUUCAACAUGUUCCAACAAUGUGUUGCAAUGAGUUCCAUUCCACAUGCAAACAAUUCGUUCAAGAUCAA